UCGACUCAUCUCAAGUUUGACUGUAUUGAGCAGCUUUUAGUUCAAUGUUGCGGGAGUUACUUAAAAUGUGGUUAUAAGAAUAUAGCAGGGUGGAAAAAGACAGGACACUUUUAAACACAUAACAUCGAAAUAUCCUCAUCGUGUUUUAAACAAUUACCAACAGUAUAUGUAAAAGUCGCGAGGAUAAGGUUUUAUAAUUCUUUGAAUGUUCUUUGUUUACUACCAAAUAGAACAAGAAAGUAAAGUGAAAAGGUGUCCCAUCUACCCCCACCGUACUAGAUAUAAACUAGAGCGUUAGAGGGUUGUUUUUUAUUUAGUAGAAACUGAAGGGUGUUUCGGGUUUAUAGUGUUUUUUAGGAGAACGAAAAGUUUUUUGGUUAAAACACAACUUUUGCUGUCAAAACACAGACUAAGUAAUAACGCAUAGGCUACGUGCGGUUGAAAAUUUAUAAAUAGUUUCCGCCUAGUAAAAACAUAUUUCUUGCAAUUAGUAAUAACAAAAUGCAACAGACAGAAACAAAACGCGUGCGCAACGGUCAACAAAAACGCGAGCGCGAAAUUGGGGGAAUGUUUUGGUACCUAACCUAACCGAGUAAAAGAAAUAUCCCAAGGAUUAUCUGUUGCCGUUUUUUUAAAGAUACUUUGGUGUGAAAAGAACGCCGUAAAUAUAUACAGGAAAUUGAUUAUAUAUCGGUAAAUAUCAGCUUGCCUCGUGUCUAAGUUAAAUAUUAAGUUGGCCAUAUUUGAACAUUUUUAGUCGGGUACCAUUAAUAUUACGACCUAACUUAUUAGGAGCCGAUACAGUUUCUCAAGCGAGGGCAUGUUUGAGGAUGCUAAAAAACGUUAUUCAGAAAUCCGGUAUAAUAUUAAAUCUUACAGCUUUUACGUAAAAAAUUACCGCGUCUGCCAAUGUGUGACUCAUAAUACGUGCUUCAUCGUCUGUACUGUAGGUAAGUUGUUUACUAACCGAAUAUGCUUUGCAGUUGCAGGUAGACAUAAAAUGUCAAAGUUAGGGAUCUUUAUACUUUUAAGUGCGUGUAUGUUUGUCAGUUUCCGCGACGUAGAAAGCAUCAACACUGCAGUAGUCGCUGGACAGCAGUUUCUCCAUUAUACCUUGGAGAAAAACGUUAACAACUUUAAUGAAACGGAGAGAAACAAAACAUGUUCGAUGUUCAUAAAAGACUUCAAGAGAUUUUGGUACAAUUCAAGCGGGGGGAAAUACUUGACCGAAUAUCUCUCUUUCUUAGAAGAGUGGUUAUGCCACGCCCAAUUUAGCCUGGAAUGUUUAAAACGACCUUAUGACUUCAACCAGUUUACUAAAACUACAUACGACCGAGCUUGUAACAGAUCCGUAUUCGAAACCCAAUGUUUUUCAUCACUCGUGGCCGUCUCUUCUGUCAGAGGAAGAAACAGCUCGCAGAAGUGGAAUAAUCUGCUUCGUGCUCUAAGAACUUAUCAACUUAGCGAUGCAGAGUUACAAGAUCCCUGCAUCCAAGUUGCUCUGUACGAUGCGGUUGUGUUAGAGAGAGGGAAAUACGGCUACUAUCACGAAAGCAAGCGACUUGUGUUGCCAUUUUGUCAAAUAUCCUGGUGUGGAAGGGACGCCGAGAAUAUAAACAGAAAACCCAUCAAAGCAUGGAAUUGUUUGCCUCAAAUAUGCAAAGUGAACAUUAUUAUCACUAUGGUCAUCUGUUCAAUUCUAGCCGUGGCAAUCGUGGUUGCAAAUGUUUCAGUUAUUUUAGUCUUUAUGCUUAACAAGAAACUAAGGAACAGCCAGGGUGUAUACAAGAUGUCUCUUGCUUGUUCGGAUUUUCUUGUUGGGGUUGUGGUGGUACCAUCUAUUCCAGUCAGUUUAAAUAUGCGAUUGAAUAUCCCAGAGGUCAUGGGGAUGAGUUACAAUGCUUCGAAUUUAUCAGUACAGCAUGACAUACGGUUUGAUGACGUCCCGCAUUUGCCUGGUAUAAAUACUGUUUACUACAGAUCGUACUUGAACGCUAUCGGUUUUUUCACAACUACUUCUUUCAUCAUUUCCAUUUACUCACUUAUGAUGGCGAGUUUUGAUCGGUUUUCAAUCGUAAGAAAACCGCUCGCUUACUCAAAGGACGGAGCGAAAUUACUGGCAAUCAGAGCAACUGUUAUUCUAUGGAUUUUAAGCAUCAUUUUGGGUGUUCUUCCAAUUUUUGUCGGACGUUCUCUAAGAUAUGGCCUCCUUGCCUCAACUUUAAUUUCGACAAGUGGAACUGCCAGUUUGUCCCUUUACGUCGUUGCAUUUGCUUUUCCUUUAAUCGUCAUGUGGGUUUUGUCAAUCUCGACAUUUGUAAUGACUGUGAGGCACAACAAUCGAACACGAAAACUUGUCGCUUCUAAAAACAAGACUUUAAGCUCUCGAACAGAAAUACGAAUGGCAAGAACUUUAGGAAUUAUGGUCGGUGUGUUCACGCUUAGCUUGUUACCAGUGAUAUGUGUGAUCUUAGCUUCGCUGUUUUUGGUACAAAUUUAUCCCCAACGAAUCUUGACGUUUAAAAGUUACGAUUUUUCAAUCCACACCUCAUUCGAAUUUUUCUCUGCUGUUAUUCUAGUGUGCAACAGUCUAUGGAACUUCUUUAUCUAUAACGGAAGAAACGACGAUUUCCGCAUGGCUAACAAAAACAUGUACGGCUCUCUCACAAAGAGAUUUCACUUUCGUACAAAGAUUUCAAUUACAUCAAGUGACUCGGCUCCGAAAACGACAAUCCCAUCAACACCACCCAACGGAAAGAAAGAUUUUUCAACUGUUCAAUCUGACAAUUCACCCAUGUCCGUGCUCGUAACCAGCAAAGUAUGAACUGUACAUGUUAUUGUAAAAUAAAAAGAAUAGAAUGACAGUCGCUCAAAACAUAUUGUUAUCACUGGUAAUUGUAAUAAAACCAAGUCAUUACGACACCCAAUCCUCCAGUCUGGUCUAUA